CGCCCGGCGUGCGCGUUGUUUCGGCCCCGCGCAGCAGCCUCAGGGGGCAGGGGGCGGUCGGGGGAGGCGAGGCGAGGCGGCCGCGAGGAUGAUGACGGGGCUGGUGGGCAGCCCGGUGGGUGCCGUCAUGCAGGAGAACUUCGGGUGCUCCGUCGCCAAUCGCUUCUGCCAGCUCCUGGACGACGACUCGGACCCGUUCGACGUCCUGCGCGAGGCCGAGCGCCGCCAGCAGCAGAGGAAGAAGCGCGACGAGGCGGCGGCCGUCGCCAGGAGAGCCGUGCCCGGCAGCCGGGCGGGCGGCGGCAAGAGGGAGACCCAGAAGGAGCGUAAGCAGACGGAGAGCUCCCCUGCACCCUCCCCUGCGGUGCCGCCGCGGCCAGGCCCAAAGCGAGUACCCAGGCAGGGAGAAGAACAAGGGUUCAGUAACAGAGGCACAGAGGGGAAACAGGACAAAACUGAAUGGAGACCAUCUUUCAGGGAAUACCGUCCCUAUGGAGCACAAAGACAAGUGGAAUUCUCAGUGGAACGACCAGUGGAAAGAUUAGACUAUGAAAGACCAAUAAGAGGCCGUGGUGGGGGAAGAGGCAGAAUGAGAGGUAGAGGAAGAGGUGGUGGAUUAAAUGGAAGUUUUGAUGGGUUUGACCAAAGAAGACGAAAACCUGAAAGACAGAGUGGGAAUGAUAAAACAGUUGUGAAAGCAGAUGACAUAAAGGAUGGUCAUGGAGCUCGCAACUGCAGAACAAUGAUUGAUCUGAGUGGGAACGAACAGUCUGCAUCUGUGGAGGAGACCAUGGGAACUCUUGAACAGCCAGGGACAUCUGAAGGAGAACCUCUGAGCAAAGCUGCUGAAGGAGACCCAAUGGAAGAAGUGGUUCAAGAAAUGACAUUAGAUGAGUGGAAAAAUCUUCAGCAACGGAAUCGACCAAAGCCUGAAUUCAACAUUCGAAAACCAGAAUCCACUGUUCCUUCCAAAGCAGUGGUGAUUCACAAGUCAAAAUACAGUGAUGAUUUGCAAAAAGAAGACUUUGAAGAUAAUUCUCAUGUCUUUCGAAAACCAGUGAAUGAUAUAACUUCUCAGCUGGAUAUUAAUUUUGGGAGUCUUCCUCGCCCUGGCCGUGGAUCAAGAGGAGCACGAGGUGGUCGUGGCAGAAGACCUGAAGAGACAGCAUCUCAACCAGAAGUAGUGCUUGUUGCUCCAAAUCCUGAUGAUCCUGAGGAUUUUCCGGCUUUAGCUUGAAGACCCAUCGUGAACAGUGCUUUAACAUACUUGAGCCAGAUUUUCUGUUCCCUGUCCAAGGGGACACAGAGAGCCAUUCUGGGGGAUAUGAGAAAACCAAGAAAAUGGUGCCAGAGGGGAUGACAGAAAGAAAUGAGAUGACAAGCACACUGGACAUUUUGGAAGUAGCUGUCAGCCUCACAGGAGUCUUCAAAUGCCUGCUCAACUUGAACAUGUUCUUUAAAUUUACUGGGAAAGCAGAUGACUAUAAACCUUUCACAUUUUCCAGUUCUGUGCCUCACUUCUAAGCAGUCUCCUUUGAGAGUAAAUAGUGGAUGAAACUUAGAAGAAAAAAAGAUUUUCUUUGGAGUAAGCUCUAAGGAAUACUCACAAUUUUAAAAGACUUUUCUCACUGAUAAGGCUUUACUUAAGUAGGAUGUAGUCAUCCUACAAAGACUCUUUUCUCUGUGCUCCAAACAGAUGGUCUGCAGAGUAGUUCAGCCCAAAGGAUUUUUUUUUUGCAUUGUUAAAUUACUUAUAUGACAAUGUGCCAUAACAUGAGAUUUUUUACUCUGCAAGAAGCUCAUUGUAGUGGCAUAGAGAUGCUCUGACUUGCAGUAGGAAAUAUGUGCAAAACCAAAGUGUUGGUGUUAGAGGAACCCAUGCUGCUGCUAUUUGAGUAAUUGAACUGGAUGAAAUAAUGCACAGCUCCUUCACUUUGUAGUAACAAGUUAUUACUUGAAAUCACUGCAGUUUAAGAUUUACCUGAUGCAGCCCUUUUUACAGGUGUUGUUUGUUUCUGCCAAAAAUGGCAAUUUAAUCAAUGUGGAAUACAAGUGAUCUGGUCUGUGGGUUUCUUGGAAUAUUUUGCUUGUUCUUCCCUUCUUGUUCCUAUUUUCCCAUUGGACAGGGAAGAAUGUGUCUGAAUUUUUAUUUAUAUUUUUACUUGCUGGGGUGAGUAUAUGCAUUGAGAUGUGGAGAGCUUCUUUGCAGGGCUUCCUUCUAUUUCCUGUCAUGUUUUGAACAUAGCCUUCUCUUCUACUGACCUGUUUUUGGUAAGGAAAGUGUUCAUAUACUUAAAAGUAAACCUCCCUUUUUCUACUAAAAAUUUAAAUAUUUGCUGUGCUGUGCUACUGGGCUCAAUCUGCUGUGAUGCAUUCAGUUUAGUUCUGACUCUUCUCUGAGAAGGCUGAGAGAAUUAUUUUAUUUUUCAAUCUCCUUCCUGCUGUUGCAAAGUUACUGUUUAUUCCUCUAACUUUGAUCUGCCUUUCAAAACAGAAUGACAAAUAGGUUCUUCGAGGAAUGCUUUAAAGGACUUGUGAAAAUGUCCACUUUUGGUCAGCAGAUUGUAAACUCCUAGUUAAAAGGGAUAGUUACAAGACUGUUUAAAAACAGAACAAACCAACCAACCAAAACUAAAAAAUACAACCCAUCCAAUCCAAAACUUUGUGAGAAUGAGAUUUAGUGUAAUUGAUUACUGCUUCAACCAGAAGUUUCUUAGAGCAUCUAUGUGUGACAAUUUUAUUUUUCAGUCUGUCAGACUUGAAUAUAGCUUAAGAGUUUCUCCAGUUGAUGGUAUAUCCAAGUAUAGAAAAUAAAUAAAUUGUAAGUGAUGACAGUGUUGCAAUUUCUUUGCCUAGCUGUGUGAUAACAGAACUGUAAAUCUCAGUCAUCUGUCAUAUUUAAGGUACCAAAGUAGCUGUAUCUGUUAAGCACAGAUUUGCUGCUGUCACUCCUGGUGUAGCUUUACUCCUUCAUGUAAAGCAGUUGGCAGCAGGUGUAAAUAUAUACACAAACACUAGUAGAACAUGGCAUGUAUAUUAAGAAGAUACUAAAAUGUGUUGCAGGUCUUAGUCAUGUUAUUCCUUAAUGCACUACUACCAGCUACUCUUUGGAUUAAUGUAGUGAGUGGCCUAGGAAGAACUACUGCAUUUCAGGUUAAGUUUUAGAUUCAUGUUAAGUUGCAGUAAGUUUGCAAAGAAAGGAAUUCACCUCUCUUAACGACUGUCACUUACAUAUGAUAGCGUUGAUAUGAUGUUGCUCAAUUGAAUCAUAUGCAGUACUACAGUUUAGGAUUGGCAAGCAUAUAUUAAUAUGAAAGUGCCUUUAGAAGAAAGAGGAGAGAAAUGUCUGUGCUUAAGGUAAGAAUACCAAAGAAUGAAUUAAGAGACUCAGAAGUAAAAACCCUGAGUUGAUGGAUAAGAAUAUUGGGCAUUUGAGCCCAUAAGAAAUGAGCUUUCAUCUGGUUACACUUUUUUGUAUGAAAACAGGCCUUGGGGUAAAAGUGUGCAUUGGGCCUAAACACAAAAUCUGUACCUCUAGUACACUUAUGCCAUUAAGAUUAUUAAUCUUUAACAUCAUUUUUCCUUUUUUUUCCAGAGCUGUCACAGGCACAUGUACCUAUGUUCAUAAGAAAAACUGAAUAUAUGUGCAUAUAUACACACACAUACAUACAUAUAUAUAUAUAUAUAUAUACAUACACAUGCAGCUGACUCUUUAUCAGUGGAUCAGUAAUUGAAUGUGAAAAAUGAUUCUUUGCAUAAAAAAUACAUUUUAAUCACUGAAUAUUGGGCAUGAAAUCAGAGCUUUUUCUCUUUGAGUAGUAUAUGCUGAGCAAGUACUGAACAGUUUGUGCUUGGAGGGGAACAGCCUUCAGUCUUUGGAGGAAGCAACAACUGUUACACUUUGGCUGUGUUACUUAAAAUGUAUUUCAAGUUAAAGUCUAUCUUCAGCAGAUUUUUAUUUCUUUUUUUUUUUAAUUUCUCAACAAAUGCCUUUUUGAAUUUGUGAUACAAUUGUUGCAGAUAGCUGUAUCUUCAGCACAGCCUCAGAUACUGUAUAUUUAAUGACUGUUACAUUGGAGAUUAACCAGUCCUAAAUAAAUUGAAUAAAGUUUCUGCUCUCCCUGUUUAGGUAACUAAACUAGUUACUAGUGUGACUACUCAUAAUCUGUAUUCUGUUGUCUCUACAAUGUUUUCCAGCUAGUUAGCAGGACUCAGUAAACUGUUGCUUACUUUUAGCAAUAGUAGUUCCUCGAGAUUUGUACAGUAGUGACUCUUUGAAUUAAAAAUACUGAAUUUUGUGUACUGGAGUUGAAUAAGCGGGAUAGUUCUGCAAAAACAUAAAAAUUUUGCACCUUGCUGUUACUUCUUUCUCAUGCCAGAAGAGAAUAAUAAGCUGACAUACUCUGAUCCAGGAAUUCUAUACUUGUUAGUUGCUUGGUUGUAUUUCUGUUGAUUUUGGAUUGAGUGCUUCUUUUCAGAGUUUCUGCUAGCUCUAGCAAAGACUUGGAACUUUAGAAGCUAGUGUGGGAAAAGUAAAACCCAAUGAAGCUGCCACAAGAGUGAAAGAAGACCAGAGGCUAGAAAGGUCUGAUCAGAGGGAGGAAGAGAGAGAACUCAAAAAAAUCAACAUUAAAUAGUAGUUCACUUUAAAAUAGGUAUGAUAGGUAGAAGUAUUUCAGUUGGUCACCAUUUUUUGCUGUUGGAUAUUUUUUUAAAAAGACUAAGCUAGGCCAUCACCCAUGCUUGUACAAAAAUCAGUGUUCCUAAAAAUCUAAUUCUUUUGGGAAGUCUUCACUGUCAUGGUAAGUAUCAAAGUAUAUAGUAUUUACGAUAAUGCCUGUUUCUAAAAAUUAAUACUAUAUAAUCAUAGAGGAAGGAGAAAUAACUAAAAUCCCAAUUGUGCUUUUUUCACUGUGUAACUGUAUCCCAGCAAUUCAAGUGCAGGUACGGUUUUCCAAUGUGAGUUCCUGGAAAUGUAGAGCCAGAAAGUCUCUAUUUUUGAAAUUUAAAAAAUGUCUGUUUUAAGAAUCUAUGCUUUAAUUAAAGAUUUUCAGGCAGCUGAGUGUGUUGUG